CCAUCUCUCACCGUCGCCUCCCCGCGGCGGCGCGAUUCCGUGAUUAUAAUAUCAUCAUAUCACCACAUCCCGUUUGCUGAUGUGAUGUGUGUUCAGUGUUGUGUUGUUUUUUUUCCUCGACUCUGUCCGCAGCUCGUUGUAAUGUGUUGUUGUUAUCGUGGGCGUGCAUAAACGACAAGUACGGGUAUAGUGGUUUCGAUCACUGAAAGGUUUUUCGCUUCGUGUUCAUUUGGAAUGGGUUUCAAUCAUUUAACAUAGUUGCUCACGUACAACUGCCUUCGCCACAAAUCGUUUUCAAUAUGCGACCAAACCAGUUCGCUUCGGCCUGCACGGCCUAGCCGCUACCAAUCUGAAACGGGGUUUAAAUGGUCUGAUACAAUUUUGGUUUCUCUAGGGUUGCCCUACAAGACAUGGUAUUGCCAAAUUGUUUAAGUGAAAUAAUAACGAUGGAUAAACGUCAAAAAAAUAAUUAUUCCCCAAACACUAAUGAGAAAACAAGCCCAGAAAAAAAGAACGAGAAAUCAAUGCCAAACAUCGGAUACGGAAAAAUACUAGGAAAAUCUGAAUCUAGUAUUAUGUCUAACAAAGGUACAGACUCUAGUACUAAACCUGCUGUUCUGACAGAUCAGGAUAUCAACAACUACAUACUGAAUUGUGUUUCAAAUUUGAAAGUUAGCGAUCAGAAAUCUCCAACACAUUCCAAAUUAUUUCCAUAUAAAUCAUUAGAUCUAUCUAACAAUGUUGAUAGAUUGCAAACUAAUAACUCUAUAGAUAACAUGAAUGGAAUUCAUAGCAACUUGCAUUCCAGUAUUGACCAAGGAAAAUAUCCUAGGAAUAAUAUGGGAUUAAAACCUUCAUUGUCGAGUCCACCGCCAUACUCCAAUGCGAUGGUGAAUCGCGAUUCACCAAGUCCUCGAGCUAGUAUGGGGUCUCUCAAUCAUGAUAUUUUAUUAAAAUCGUCACCUUUAUAUGAAAACGUUGAUUAUUACGGUAGCAGUCGUUCGGUCACUCAAACACCUACCUACUAUCAUCAAAGGCCUAGACCAGGCUCACAUUCCAGUGGUGGAUCUCAAGAUUCCAGACAUUCCAGUCCUAGAACUAGUAUUGUUUCCUGUGAAGGUUCAUCGGCUUUAUAUGAAUCAAAUUAUCGUAAAGCACAACCACAAGUUCCAGUAAGUUAUCCUAAGUAUAUACCACCAAUAGGGAAAGAAGUACCCCCUUAUGAAGCGCCACCAGUGUAUGAGGCUUUGUCAGAUCCCUCUAAGAGCAAUGCUGGUUAUGAACCGGCUAAGCCCGGUCCUCAAGUACCCUCCCAGUCGAUAGACCAAACUGCUCGAUAUCCUGCUCAACAUGCUGUACCUUAUAUAAAACCAAUACCUUCUACAAUGUCGCAUACGACUAGAGUUGUUCCCGAAUUCAUGUCUCAGACCAGCCCACGUCAUGCAAAACUGAACUCUGUAAAUAACAUCAGUCAUUCCCAAGCUACUGCAACGUACAAACCACCAACUUUGUCGCCACAAAUGUGUGUAGUCGGACAACCUGCCCUGGCCGAGUCCAGAUCUCAAAGACAACAUAAUUCAAUGGCUAAGAUCCUUCAAACAGCAUCAGCAUACCAGCAAGAAUUACCAGUACAUCACUCGAAUGUGUCGUCUCGUACUUCACCAACACCUCCAUUACCCGCUAAAGCAAAGCAGCCAGCCAAAAAUCUUUUGCCGUAUAAUGUUACUCCACCGCGGCCUAUGGGCCCGACAGAAGCAGAAAAAAAAAUUGAAGAACUCACUAGACAAUUAGAAGAACAAAUGGAAACUCAAGAAGUUGCAGUUGGUGGAGAAUAUUUUGGCAUAUGCCAUACUUGUGGUAAUAAAGUUACUGGUGCUGGCCAAGCUUGUCAAGCAAUGGGUAAUCUAUAUCAUACAAAUUGCUUCAUAUGUUGUGCUUGUGGGCGUGCGCUUCGUGGAAAAGCUUUCUACAAUGUUUAUGGACGUGUCUAUUGCGAAGAAGACUAUAUGUAUAUAGGAUUCCAACAAACUGCUGAAAAAUGCUCUAUUUGUGGACACCUAAUAAUGGAAAUGAUUUUACAAGCGAUGGGAAAGUCGUUUCAUCCUGGUUGUUUUCGCUGCUGUAUAUGUAAUGGUUGUUUGGACGGAAUCCCAUUUACAGUGGACAUAGACAACAAAAUUUACUGUGUCGCUGACUAUCAUAGGAAAUAUGCUCCAAAAUGUGCUGCUUGUGGCCAGGGCAUCACACCAGUUGAGGGUACUGAAGAAACUGUAAGAGUUGUAUCAAUGGAUAAAGAUUUCCACGUGGAUUGUUUCAUUUGUGAGGAGUGUGGUAUGCAACUAACUGAUGAACCCGAUAAAAGGUGUUACCCGUUGGAUUCUCAUUUGUUGUGUAGAUCUUGUCACAUUUCCCUAUUGAAGGAAAAUCCUCCAGAAUUAGAGAGUGUAUCAGCUACGUACGAGUAUUUAGAUUGAGAAGACUCAAAACUUAUAUGCCAGUUAGAUCUACCAGUUUCAUUAGACCUAAGUUUGUACAUCGUAUACACUAAUUAUGUAUGCAUUUUGUUAUUAUUUUUUUUUCUAUUUAUAAUUCUAUGGUAAUGUGGAUGAGCUGUAUUUAAGAAGGUUGGUAUUUUAAUAUACCAACAUAAGUUUGUUGCCGGUAUCGACAAUUAAAAAUACUAAUUAAAUUAACAAACAUUAGAAAAAAUUCAUUGUUAGCAUUACAAAAAGUAAUCCAGUGAAUUUAUAGCACAGUCUAUGUAUAUUGUAUACAUUUCUAUAAUAUUUAUUAUUUUAAUUUUUAAUAAUAUCAGCUAAAUCCUAUAAAAUGCGAUAUUUCUGUUGUUCAAUUUUUUUUGUCAUAACUAGUACUCCUUUACAAUAGAGUUUUUAUAUCACAACUGUGUAACAUUUAACAGUUCAUUUUUUUUAGCACUUCUUUUCAUUAUAAUACAAAAUAUUAGUAGGUAACUUAUAGCAUUUAUAUGUGAACCCUAGUCGCAAUUAUAUUUAUAUUAUUUAAAAAUUAUGUGUCUAAUACUCGAAAGUAUACCAGUGUUGUUUAAGUUUUAAAAUAAACCAUCAUAUAUAUAAAUAUAUAUAGUGUCAUAACUCGAAAAGAAAAUGUGAAAACUGAUUUAACUAAGUAAAAAAAGAACUGUACAUAUUUUCUGUAGCUCACUCAAUUUUUUUUUUUUAUAUAUAUAUAUAUAUAUAACGUAUGUACAACACAAAUGCACUCAUUAUAUAAUAUAUAUUUAAAGAUCGUACAAUUUUAAAGAAAUAAAUUUAAUUACUUGUGUUGAUUAUAAAAACUGUGGUAUUGUUAAAUUAAAUU